AUGGAGGAAAGCAGAUCAGAAACUUCUGCAGCCGAAGCGAGUGAAGAAAUAAUUUACACUUCUGUCAAAUUCUCUCAGACUCCUCCACCAAGGGCCAAAGCUGCACGGGAAAAAAAAGCUCCCUGUCUGUGGCCAGCAGUUGUGCCAGGCUUGGCUAUAGGCUUUGGGAUACUGAGCAUCUCCCUAGCGAUUGCUUUGAUUUGGAAGAUGGGUGAAUCCCACGCACACUGCCCUGAGCAGUGGGUAGCCUACAGAGGGAGCUGCUACUUCUUCUCCAGGGUGAAGAAGGACUGGCAUUCCAGCCAGGAAUCCUGCUUGGCACAGGGAGCUCAUCUCCUGGUGAUCAGCAAUACCUGGGAAAUGGACCUGUUCAAGAGUAUUCAAACAGGGUGUUUCUGGAUUGGACUGAGGAACAACACAAGCUCUGGAUGGAUUUGGGAAGAUGGCUCUAUGCUGAAUGGCACCAAGGUGCUCUCUAACAGCCCUGUGCAACACUGUGUUGUCCUGAUGAAAGAUCACUUUCAGGCCUCCAGCUGUGAAUUUUCUGCUCCGUGGAUCUGUGAGAAAUCUCUUAGAUAA